AUGACGUUGAGGCAGGUUCUGAGGGCGUCGGUAGGGGUGAUCGGGGAAAGCCCGUUAGGGAUGACCGAGAAAAUGGUGCUCUUAGGGGGUAAAAUAUGCGCGGUGAAAAGGUUUCGAAGAGUCGCGGUUAGGAAACGCGAGUUUGGGAGGAGGAUUGAGCGCGUGGCCCACGUGGGGAACCAGUGCGAGUAUUUGGUGCAUGUUUUAGCUUAUCUAUAUGCGAAGAGGAUCAAGUUUGUGGUGUGUGAUUAUUAUCCCAUGGGCAGCCUCGCUGAUUUGCUUUCCGGUGCAAGGGAACAAGGCCACACGGCAUUGGAAUGGAAGCAUCGAUUCAAAAUCAUCCAAAGCAUAGCAAAAGCAAUUUCAUUCAUCCAUUCACAAAACCCUCCGAGCGACAAAAACCUUCAAUUAAACGUCCACGGCAAUAUCAAGUCCUCAAACGUCAUGGUCAACAUCGACUUCACCGCCCGUCUCUCCGAUUACGGCUUCGUCCAGCUGGCGGAUCAUUUGUCUUCGGCUCCGGCCGACGACGACACCGGACAACAAGCCGAGCCGCCAAUCCCACCACCACCACAACCGGAGCAAGUGUUGGAGACGACGUUAUCGCGGGAAAGUGAUAUAUACAACUUUGGCGUUGUUUUGAUCGAAAUUCUAGGGUGCCCUAAUACUAACGUCGUUGAAUCGAAAAAAGUUAGAAAAAUUGAUGAUCGUUUGUUCGAGUUUUGUAGGGGAAGAUCAGAGGAGAAGCAAGCGUCUAGGGUUUUAGACAUUGCUUUGAGCUGUAUAAAUAGUUUGUCUGAUGCAAGACCUAAUAUACAACAAAUACUCUCUUGUCUAGGAGAUAUAUAG